UAAUUAUAGUCAAAAAGAAAAUAUAUUUUCUAUUUAACAAUUAAAAAUAUUCCAAAAAAUCCAUAUAUUUCUUUAAUAUAACAAAAUGGCCACAACUAUAACCACCACCGAACCAGCAGAUAACCCAUAUGCCGAAUAUUUAGAAGAUGAAACGCCUAAAGAACAACCAAAAAAGAAAAAGUUGACCAAAGCCGAACAAAUGGAACUUAAACAAAAAGAAGAAAUUGAAUUUAAAAAAUUGGAAUUAAGAGAUCUUAUGAGCAGAGAAUUUGAAAUGUCCAAGAAAACAGCAAAGAAAUAUCAUAAACAUUGGGAAAAUAUGUGCAGGGAAGUCAAAUUGAAAGAAAUGAAACAGGAGUUAGAGGAUUGGGAAAAGAAAGUUAAUCGUGUUAUGCAGCAAAAAGAUGAAAAAAUUCAACUUAUUUUAGAUGAAAUUUCUGUAACAGAAGAAAUGCAUAAAAAUAACUUUUCCUGUCAACUAGAAGUUAUGAAUUAUUUAAAGGAUACUUUAAAAACUUUCCAAGAAACUUCACGCCUUUUAUAUGAACAACAAGCUUCAGAAAUUUUGCAUGAUUUUUAUGAUGAAGUUGCUGCAACAAACGAAAUCGAAAAUUUUGUCAAAUUAAAUUGUGAAAGUGUAGUUCAUGCUACUGAUCUUUUAGCUGAGCAGGAACUACUAAGCGAUUAUAAUAUAUUCCUAGACAAACGUGAUGAUCGUGUUAAUACUGAAAUUGAAAAACGUUAUCGUUUACGUGAUGCUGUCACCAAAAGAAUGAAAGAUUUACGCAAACAAUUAAUAGAGUUUCUUGAUUCAUUGCGAAAUGUUUCUUUGGAUGUUCACAAAUAUGAAAGGAUAAAUACUUUAAUGGAACGUCAAAGAAAUUUUGUUACCGAAGCGAAAAAACUUAAUGAAAUAGAGCAACACGAUGCUCGAGUUUAUGCCGAUCUGCAGCAUCAUUUAUUGAAAGUAGAGGCAGAUGCUAAGCGCAAGAUACAUGAUCUAAAACUAGAACAUGCUUAUUUCAUGCAAAUACGUAAAAAUAUUGAGAAUGAAAUUAAACUUGAUCGAGAACAGACCCAUGAAAAGCUAAAGAUAAUAAGUAGUGAAAGUUUUAAAGUGCUAAAAAAAUUUCAAAAACUACAUAAACAUGGUGAACUGUUAUUAUCGCUGGCGACCAAUUGUAGAAAGUUUCAAACAGAAUCCGAAAAGGUAGUAGCCUGGGGUGAUUUUCAAGAACCCUUAAAUGAUAAUGAACACGAUAAGGAACCUUUUGAAUUGGAAAUUCUAAAUCUGAAAGAUCAUGUAGAUAUGACAGAAGCAGAAUUAGAAAACAAUAUAGAAUUAAUGAAAAAUUUUUGGCGUCGUCAAGCUUUAGCUGAAGCUCAAAUCGUACUACUUGAAGAACACAAACAGCAGCUGUUAAAAGAAAAUCAAAGUUAUAUUGAGACUAUCAAACGUUUAAGCAAGGCCGAUAAUGUGGAAGAUCUUAAGGAAACUUUGAAAGUUCAAAGCGUUUUAAACAACGAAUCAUUUUUAUAGAUCGAUGUAUGGAUUUGGAUUUGCUUUUAAUUUGGACUUGAUUUAUUUUAUUAAAAAUCUUUAAAAUUUUCACUUAUUAUUACAUUCUUUUAUUAUCGUAAUUGAGCACAUCAAAUGUCAGAAUCUUAUAAAAAGACACCGACCAAUCUUGAUCAUUAGUUUCAUUUAAAUUUGGAGUGUAAUCACGACGAAAACGUAUGAAUAUUUCGGCAAAAAUAAU